AUGGGAAGCUUCGUCUUUAAGUGGGACCAUCCUGCCUCCGAGGUGUAUGUCACUGGGACAUUUGACAAUUGGUCCAAGAGCGAGAAACUUGUAAAGACGGGUGAUGUAUUCGAGAAGGAUGUGACGCUCUCUAGUGCGGGGGAGAAGAUCUAUUAUAAGUUCGUUGUUGAUGGAAAUUGGGUUACCGAUCACACCGCCCCUCAAGAAAACGACGAGUCUGGGAACCUAAACAACGUUCUCACAACGGACCGCAUCAUCAAGCACAAGCCCGAAACUGCUGGAAUCAUGUCUGGAGUCGCACCCAACUCGACCACCGCCGCAUUGGCCAAGGACGUCCCAUUUGAGCACGAAAAGGAUACGCUCGAGCAGACUGGCUCCUCAGAUCUGCCAGGCUCAUUCCCUGAAACUCCAGCGGCUGUAGAGAAAGGUGAUUUCUCCGUUAAUCCUCUUCCUGCUGCUGAGGGUGCAGUCAACCCUAUCAGGCUCGCACCUGGCGAGAAGGUUCCAGAAUCUGGCGCAUUCACCGAAAACACAAUUACAUCUGGCGUUCACGACGAUCCAGAGCUUGUGGCAGCGGACAAGGCAAAGAGUGAAGGGGAGCAGUCUUUCGGUGUAUCCCCAUUGCCAGCCUUUGCGGGAGCUGUCAACCCAGUCCAUGUUGCCCCAGGAGAAAAACUUCCCAAAUCAGAUGAGCUCACUACCAAUAUCCUCACAUCUGGUGUUCACGAUGAUCCUGAGCUUGUUGCUGCGGAUAAGGCUAAGGGUGAGUCUGACCAGACUUUCAGUGUGUCGCCUCUACCUGCUUUCCCUGGAGCGGUCAAUCCGAUCAAUGUUGCUCCUGGGGAGAAACUUCCCGAGGUCGGUACAUUGACCGGAAACACAAUUUCUUCUGCUGUUCAUACCGAUAAAGAAUCCUAUGAGGGCAGCAGCGCGCUUCCACCAGUUCUCCCACCCGUGGUUACUCCUCAAGCUGAGCGGGACUCAACUGGCACGGGCGUUCUCGACCUUCCUCCUGUUUCUAAAAGUCUUAUUCCUGAGUCAAGCUUACCAAUUGGAGCUACAGGAGUUGGUUCCUUCGAUGCCACACCUACUAUCCAGUCAGCUGGACCGCAAAGUACCACUUCACAACUCGCUGGAAGUGUUCCACUCGAAUCGAACAAAGUUCCCGAAAUUGUUAAGGAGAGCCAGGAAGAGGCAGGCUUUGCACCAGAGGCAAGCUCCGUUCCUGAAGAAGUCAAAGAAAAGAGUGAGGUCGAGAAGGAGCUUUUAAGCGAAGUUCCAGUGGCCCCGUCAACAUCAGAGGGUACGGCAGGAGAAGGUACAACGAAAUCAGAGAAGACCGGUGCUUCGGCAACUGAGGCUGCUACCGCCGUCAAGGGCGCUGCGUUCGCUGUCGGGGCUGCUGUCGUAGGAGGAGCCGCAUUCGCCACAACCAAAUUGCCCACAUCUGUAUCAAACAAGUUACCGGAAUCCGUCCAAAAUUCGAUCAACACCAUGAACGCCGAAUCUACUCCUAACACUGAUUCAGCCAACAACAUUGCCGCAAAGGAUACUCCAGCUGUUGUCAAGGAGUCCAUCACUGAGGCUGGUCGCGACCCCGAGGCAGCUGCCAACGAAGAAGCUGUACUGGAGAAGAAGGCUAUGGAGAAAGAGUUGUUAUCCGAGGUCAAACCAGAGACGUCAAGUGGUGAGCCGGCUCCAAAGAUUACCGAUGCAUCAGUUCAAGCAACCACUGCGGAGAAUGUUCCGGAGAUUGUUCAGGAGUCUAUCGCAAGAUCAGGCCAAGACCCCGAGGCAGCUGCAAAUGAGGAAGUCGUUCUAGAAAAGAAGGCUAUUGAAAGGGAAUUACUGUCUGAGGUCAAGCCAGAAACUUCAAGUGGUGAACCUGCACCAAAGAUUAACGAGCUGGCAAAGGAUGGAGACGUGUCCAAACAAACCUCGUCGCCAGCGGUAGCCGAGACAGCGACUGACACUCUUGCGGCUCCAGCCACCCCAGCCAAGCCAGAAUCGCGAGAUAUUUCACGUGAUGUCUCUCCUGGCACUAUUCCCGGCUCUCAUUCGCAGACGCAGCCAACCGUGACGACUGGUAUUGCGACAGCCACCACUGAGAGUACCACUGUAGCUGCUCCUGCGAUCCCAGCGAAGGCCAAACCUGCAGCCGCUGCUCCGGCCUCUACAUCCUCUACACCAGGCAGCAGUAAGGUUGCCGAGAGCCCAGCUGCUCCCUCUACAACCGACAAGAAAAACAAGCGCAGAAGUUUAUUCGGCAGGAUCAAGGACAAGCUAAAGAACUAG